AUGUCGCGCACUCCACUGCUUCGGACGUCGCCCGCGCUUGGCUCGUCCUCAUACGGGGCAGUUCGGAUUCCGCAAGACGAAGAGAAUGAACACGAUCACGACAGGAGGGAGAUACACGUUUCGCUGAGUGAGGACGAGUCUUCCGACGAAGUAUCCCCCAGGCAGCUAUCUCGGACCCGGGCGAAUUGCGAGGAUGGCGUCGGUGGUCCCUCUGGUGAAGCGCAACGACGAUACCGGCGAUCAUCCCAAUCGACGAAACCUUCGCAGUCUUCCAGUCAACGGCGGCGGCGGCGAAGAAGCAGUGUUCUCCAUAGGGAUGGACAUAGUCGCCGACCAUCGUCGGCCACGUCGGAUGUGGGAUUGGGGCCCGACUCCAAGUUCUCGUUCGCAACAGGGCUCGCGGUACCAGGAAGUCCGGUGUUGCAGGAUACACUAUCUUCCUCGCCGUGCAUGACCACGGAUGAGGAGGAUGUUUUGGACACUGAAGACGAGGACACGAAACCAUUCGAUGAAGACCCCCCGGAUAAUUCGCCAUAUGCGCAAGUACGCGCAAGCGUCCCGGCGACAGAUGACAUUACUCUUUCGAUCAAUACACCUCGCAUGUGGAUCCUUUCGUUGCUCUUUUCCUUGACGGGAUCGGCCGCGAAUCUGUUUUUCUCUCUCCGUUAUCCGAGUGUGGCUAUCACGCCCAUCAUUGCACUGGUUUUGGUCCACCCUUUGGGCAAAUCCUGGGAUGUGCUUCUGAAGCGGUCAGAUGAUCCGAUUGAGGUGUUCGAGAACGGCACACUGAGCCGCCGGGACUUUUUACUGAAUGACACCAACAUCGCGCAUCUGAGCUGGCCGGUCAGAUUGAGGCUUUGGCUUGGUCAAGGGCGGUGGAAUGAAAAAGAGCACGCCUGCGUGUAUAUCAGUAGUAAUGUCUCCUUUGGAUUCGCUUUUGCUACCGAUGUGAUCGUUGAGCAACACAAAUUUUAUCACCAGGAGGUGCCUAUUCUCUAUCAACUGCUGCUCAUCAUCUCGACUCAAGUUCUGGGAUAUGCAUUUGCUGGACUGACCCGGCGAUUUCUUGUUCGCCCUUCCGCCAUGAUCUGGCCCGGGACUCUGAUGUCCACCGCCAUGUUUUCGACCAUGCACAGGUCCUCCAACAAGAAGGCGAAUGGCUGGAGUAUCUCCCGCUACAGGUUUUUUAUCCUCGUGUGGGCGGCUGCAUUCGUCUGGUAUUUUGUUCCAGGCCUACUCAUGCCGGCACUGAGCUACUUCAAUGUGGUGACUUGGUUUGCGCCUCAAAACGUCGUGGUCUCCAAUUUGUUUGGGGUGGCGUCUGGACUCGGAAUGUUGCCAUUGACAUUCGACUGGGCUCAAAUUGCCUACAUCGGAUCGCCCCUUCUCACGCCAUGGUGGGCAGCGGCAAAUAUCGUCACCGGUCUGGUCGUAGUCAUUUGGGUUAUCGCGCCCAUUCUGUACUACAAGAAUGUGCUCUUUUCCUCAUAUAUGCCCAUUCUCUCCACGGCAGUGUUUGAUAAUACCGGACGUCCUUAUAACGUCAGCCGCAUCCUGACGCCAGAGUUUCUCUUUGAUCAGAAAGCGUACGAAGAGUACUCGCCGGUGUACCUUCCCAUCACUUACGUUCUAUCCUACGGGGUCCAGUUUGCCGCGCUGACCUCCCUCGUUACUCACACCGUUUGCUGGUACGGAAAGGAUAUCCUGCACCAAACGCGCAAAGCCUUCGAGGAGCGAAAAGAGGUCCCCAACGUUGAGCCUUAUCAGCCUCUGACAACACGGGACGAAUCAAACUCCCCUUCACAACAAAGUCGGGAGCCAUCACGAGUCAGCUCUCACGAUCCGGGCCGUGAGUUGCCUCUCGGGACAGAAGACGUGCAUUGCCGCCUGAUGCGACGCUAUGAGGAUGCUCCUCUCGCGUGGUACUUGAUUGUACUGGUCCUCAUGCUGGUCAUUGCCACCUACACGGUCGAGCACUACCCUGUCCAUCUGCCAUGGUACGGCCUACUUCUGGCUCUCCUCAUUACGAGCAUCUUUUUCAUCCCUGUUGGUAUCAUCAUGGCUGUGACCAACCAGCACAGCAGUCUCUAUCUCAUCUGCCAGCUUCUGUGUGGCAUUGCGUUUCCCGGUCGACCAGUCGCCAACAUGAUCUUCGUGACUUACUCCUACAUCAGCUCAGCCCAGGGCAUCAAAUUUUCGUCCGAUCUCAAGCUCGGGCACUACAUGAAAAUUCCACCCCGCAUCCUGUUCGCUGUGCAAAUGGUCGCCACUCUGGUCUCCAGUUUGACCCAGAUUGGCGUACUCAACUGGAUGUUUGCCUACAUCCCGGGUCUCUGUACCCCUCAAGCCCUCAAUGGGUUCAAUUGUCCCAUUGCACGCGUUCAUUUCAACGGCAGUGUUCUCUGGGGCGUCGUUGGACCCCAGCGCUUCUUCGGUCCGGGUGGCCUAUAUCGCCCUCUUGUCUGGGCGUUCUUGAUCGGAGCCGCGGCGCCCUUUGCAGCCUGGCUUUUGGGGCGUCACAGCAAAAAGAGUUUCUGGCGAAAAGUCAACUUCCCCAUCCUCUUUGGCAGUCUUAGUUGGAUACCCCCUGCAACCGGUCUCAAUUUCUCUAUUUGGGCACUGGUCUGCUUCUUGUUCAACUAUGUGAUUCGUCGUCGCAGGACCGCUUGGUGGGAGAAGUACGCCAUGACCCUCUCUGCGGCGUUGGACUCAGGUCUGGCCUUUGCAGUGGUGAUUGUGUUUUUCUGUCUGGUAUAUCCCGGGUGGGUUGACGGGUUCAAGUGGUGGGGGACCGAGAUCUAUAAACAGGGUUGCGAUUGGACGGCUUGCCCUUAUAAACGUUUAGAACCUGGGCAAAAAUUUGGGACAUGA